AUAGCCUACUUCUCCCCCUCGCCAUAGGGUUUUACCGCAGCCUCCUCACCCCGGCAGCCGCACCACGGCGACGGUCACAAUGAGAGCCCUCCUCUCCCUCUCCCGGCUCGCCCGCCGGCUUCCCACCUCCCUCUCUGCCGUCCGCGUCCCACCACCCCUCCUCCUCCUCCGCCACCUCCACGCCGACUCUCCGCCGCCGCCGCCUGAGGCACCGCCGCCCUUCGUCUCCCGCAUACUCGAAUCGGAUCCCAGCCUGACCCUGAGCGAGGAGUCCGAGCCGGCUGAGCUGGCAUCCGAUCCGGCCCUCGACGAGUUCCUCGCGCGCUUCGUCGCCGCCUUCCGUCCCCUCCUCACCGCAGCCUUCCCCGACCACGACCGCCCCGUGCUCGACGAAAUGCUACGCCUCGUCGCGGACGCUGUGGUGUGCCGCCUCACUGGGUCCGAUCCGGGGCCCGACUCCAUCGAGCUCAGCGACGAUCUCUGGGCGGCCGUGUGGGAGGUCAGCGCCUCCGUGCGCGACGCCAUGCACCGGGACCAGGUCCGCGCCGACCUCCGCCACUACCUCCACUGCGACGAGGUCAAGGAGAUGACGCGGUUCGCAGUCGACGUCGGCAUCCGUGGCGCCAUGCUCCGGGAGCUCCGCUUCAAGUGGGCCCGCGAGAAGCUCGAGGAGGUCGAGUUCUACCGCGGCCUCGACGACAUGCGCUCCCAGGCCGAGGCCGCAGCCGAACCGGUCCCCGCCCUGCCGCCGCCGAGGGUGACCUCAUUGCCGCGGAGGAAAGGAGAGGUGAAGUACCAGAUGUACGGGCUGGACAUGUCGGACCCGAAGUGGGCCGAGGUGGCGGAGCGGACCGCGGAGGCUGAGGCGCAUUUUGUGCCUGCGGAAGCCAAGGCUGUAGAAGGGAAGGCAAAGAAGGCUGAGGAAAGGCUGCUGUCUGUUGACCCUAGGAAAGGAGAUCCGGCUCCCGCCAUGGAGGAAUGGAAGGAGGAGCUCCGGCCAAAGCGUGUUGACUGGAUGGCACUGCUCGAGCGGGUUAAGGCACGGAAUGUCGAGUUGUACCUCAAGGUUGCUGAAACUCUUUUAGCUGAAGAAUCCUUUGAUGCAAACAUCCGAGAUUACUCCAAGUUAAUUGAUCUUCACUCUAAAGCAAACAAUGUGGAAGGUGCAGAGAGAAUACUUGGUAAAAUGAAAGAGAAAAGUAUUGCACCCGAUAUCCUCACAUCCAUCACAUUAGUCCACAUGUACAGCAAGACAGGCAAUCUAGAGCAAGCCAAGGAGGCAUUUGAAUUUAUUCGGAAGGAGGGUUUCAAACCAGAUCUGAAACUUUUCAGUUCGAUGAUUAAUUGCUAUAUCAGCCAUGGAGAACCAGUACAAGCAGAGAGUUUGAUAAAAUCUAUGAAUAACAUGGGUAUUAAACCCACCAGGGAAAUGUACACAGAUGUAAUGCGGGCAUAUGCUCAGCGUGGCAUGGUGGAUGCAGCCCAGAGGAUCCAUAGCACGAUGACAUUUGCUGGAAUCCAGCCUACAGCAGAAUUGUUCAUAUUACGUAUGGAAGCAUAUGGACGCACUGGUGAUUUUGAAAGUGCCUGUUCCGUGUUUGAACAAAUGAGGAAGUCUGGACAUGAACCAGAUGACAGUUCUAUUGCUGCUGUGAUGGCUGCGUAUAUGAAGAAGAACCAACUAGACAAGGCUUUGAACUGGCUGCUGAGUUUAGAGAAGGAAGGACUUAAACCUGGUGUCAAGACAAAUCUCGUCUUACUAGAUUGGUUGUCUAUGUUGCAGCUAGUUCUAGAGGCUGAACAACUCGUGCAGAAGAUAAAGAAGCUGGGAGAAGAGCCCAUAGAAGUCCAUGUGUUCCUUGCCGAUAUGUAUGCAAAGUCACGCCAGGAAGAGAAAGCACGCAAAUCCCUCAAGAUAUUGGAAGAGAAGAAGAGACUUUUGAAGGCUGAUCAGUUUGAGAGGAUUAUAAGAGGUCUUCUCGACGGUGGAUUCUCAGAAGAGGCAAAUAAAUACUACAAAAUGAUGAAAUCCUGUGGCUUUGAACCAUCAGAAACAAUCGAAGUCGGGGUUAAGGCCAGUUUUGGGGUUAGGGGCAGGCCUCGCUCCACUGGUAGGCAUUGAUGUUUCGGCUUGUAUGCUGGCAGUGAUCUGCUAGGCAUGCAGAGGUGGCACUGAUGAUGGCACAACCAAUUUGACCGAACUGAAGUGAUGAAAGAUCCCCAGUACCGGGUGAAUUACUUUGUUAUCUGUCUUCAGGCUUGAAGUUGCUUCCAUAGACUGAAGUUGAUGGGCGUGCACCCAUGGUGCUGGUGCCAUGAUUUUGUUGUUCUCGUCAAUCGGGUUUUCACUUGUACUUGAUGAAAUUUUUACUUUUUAGUCAUUAUAACACCAUUUCUAGAUUGUGCCAAGCAAACAUAUUUCCUGCAAAUAGCGGCUAUUGCUAUCUGUUCACAAACAUACCAUGAUGUAAGUCAAUAAACUGUGAAGCUUGGGGAAACAGAAUUAGCAACUGAGACUUUCUUUAGGGAAA